CCUCCCGGCCGCUCCGCAGCGCCAGCUCGGCAGGCGCGGGGCGUGAGUCUGGAGUGAGACCCGCCAGGCUCCAACUCCGCAGCGCCGGAGCGCGGCGGGCAGCAACUUUCUCCCCGGAGCGGCCGUGGCGGCGGCUGCUGCCGUGGCAGCACGAGCCGGGAGGAGGAAGGCGGCGGUCGUUGCUCCCGCCGGCUCGGGCUGUCUAGCUCGCCCAGACUGCCGGCCCGCGGAGCCUAGUCUCCCCGGGAAGCCCCGGGCCCCUGCCUUAUGUCCCGCAAGGCAAGCGAGAAUGUGGAGUACACGCUGCGGAGCCUGAGCAGCCUCAUGGGCGAGCGGCGCAGGAAGCAGCAGGAGCCGGACGCGGCGAGCGCGGCUGGGGAGCGCAGCCUGCUGGCGGCCGCCGAGUCGAGCACCAGCCUGCAGAGCGCGGGCGCGGGCGGCGGCGGCGGCGGCGUCGGGGACCUGGAGCGCGCGGCGCGGCGGCAGUUCCAGCAGGACGAGACCCCCGCCUUCGUGUACAUGGUGGCAGUCUUCUCCGCACUCGGCGGUUUCCUGUUUGGCUAUGACACCGGGGUGGUGUCUGGGGCCAUGCUGCUGCUCAAGCGGCAGCUCAGCCUGGACGCGCUGUGGCAGGAGCUGCUCGUGUCCAGCACGGUGGGGGCGGCCGCGGUCUCGGCGCUGGCCGGCGGCGCCCUCAACGGCAUUUUCGGCCGCCGAGCCGCCAUCCUCCUGGCCAGUGCCCUCUUCACCGCCGGCUCCGCGGUGCUGGCCGCAGCCAACAACAAGGAGACACUGCUCGCCGGCCGCCUGGUCGUGGGGUUCGGCAUCGGCAUCGCUUCCAUGACAGUGCCGGUCUACAUCGCAGAGGUCUCACCACCCAAUCUGAGAGGCCGACUGGUCACCGUGAAUACCCUCUUCAUCACAGGAGGGCAAUUCUUUGCAAGUGUUGUUGAUGGAGCCUUCAGUUAUCUCCAAAAGGACGGAUGGAGGUACAUGUUGGGACUUGCGGCAAUUCCAGCCGUCAUACAGUUUCUUGGCUUUCUCUUUCUGCCUGAAAGUCCUCGAUGGCUUAUUCAGAAGGGACAAACUCAGAAGGCCCGAAGAAUUUUAUCUCAGAUGCGCGGUAACCAGACCAUCGAUGAGGAAUAUGAUAGCAUCAAAAACAACAUUGAAGAAGAGGAAAAAGAGGUUGGCUCAGCCGGACCUGUGAUCUGCAGAAUGCUGAGUUAUCCCCCAACUCGCCGAGCUUUAAUUGUGGGUUGUGGCCUACAAAUGUUCCAACAGCUCUCAGGCAUUAACACCAUCAUGUACUACAGCGCGACCAUUCUGCAGAUGUCUGGGGUUGAAGAUGACAGAAUUGCAAUAUGGCUGGCUUCAGUUACAGCCUUCACAAAUUUCAUUUUCACCCUCGUGGGAGUCUGGCUGGUUGAGAAAGUGGGCCGCAGAAAGCUUACCUUUGGCAGUUUAGCAGGUACCACCAUAGCACUCAUUAUUCUUGCCCUGGGAUUUCUGCUAUCAGCCCAAGUUUCCCCACGCAUCACUUUUAAACCAGUAGCUCCGUCAGGUCAGAACACUACAUGCUCAAGAUACAGUUACUGUAAUGAAUGCAUGUUAGAUCCCGACUGUGGUUUCUGCUACAAGAUGAAUACAUCAACUACCAUUGACUCCUCCUGUGUCCCAGUUAGUGAAGAGUCUACAAAUGAGGCCGCAUGGGGCAGGUGUGAAAAUGAAACCAAGUUCAAAACCGAAGACGUUUUCUGGGCUUACAAUUUCUGCCCUACUCCGUAUUCCUGGACUGCUCUUCUGGCCCUUAUUUUAUACCUUGUUUUCUUUGCACCUGGAAUGGGACCAAUGCCUUGGACUGUGAAUUCUGAAAUAUAUCCCCUUUGGGCAAGAAGUACAGGAAAUGCCUGUUCAUCUGGAAUAAACUGGAUUUUCAAUGUUCUGGUUUCGUUAACGUUUUUACACACAGCAGAGUAUCUUACAUACUAUGGAGCCUUCUUCCUCUAUGCUGGAUUCGCUGCUGUGGGACUCCUUUUCAUCUAUGGCUGUCUCCCUGAGACCAAAGGGAAAAAAUUAGAGGAAAUUGAAACCCUCUUUGACAACAGGCUAUGCACAUGUGGCGCUUCAGAUUCUGAUGAAGGGAGAUACAUCGAGUAUAUUCGGGUGAAGGGAAGUAACUACCAUCUUUCUGACAAUGAUGCUUCUGAUGUGGAAUAAUUCUCAGCUACUGAUAUAGUUAUUUAAACAAACUUGGGGGAGAAGAACAGCAAAUUGAUGACUUCACUGCCGUGCUUCUAAUCUGGUUCUUUCUACAGUCUAGUUUUGAAUGACUUCAUAUUCUAGAAUACUUGAUUAGGAAGAAGAUAUAAUCGUGAUGACACUUUUUUUCAUGAGCAGGUAUAUAAAAAUAUAUAUAUUUACAGAGAUUUUAAUCUAAUAGUUCUUGAGCAAAUGUGUGUAAUCCCCUCCUGAGAUAGUCUAAAAUGAAUACUGUACCCAGUGACUUAAGUGUUAACCUUUUCUAAGACCAUAUAUAAUUUUAGUGGCAAUAGAGUGAGUGCUUAUCUCAACCAAAUUAUAUACGUAUGUCAAAAAGAAUUCUUUCACAUGACAUUCUCCACGUGAAAAUGAACAUUCUGGGAGAUGGUCCAAUGGUGUUCCCUGUCAAAAUGUGGCCUAUUGGCCCUACAUUUCCCUAAGAGUAGUGACUUACCUGGAUCAGCUAUUAGAAAGUAAAUUCCAUUUAAGCUUUCAUCAACCAAACCAAAAGUGCUUCCUCUUUUGGAAGGGCACAGCUGUCCUCUUCUCCUUUGGAUUCCACAUUUUUAUUUCUCUCAAUUCAGAUAUUAAAGAAUUCUUUAGAUACUGACUCUGCACAGGAUCUUAUGAACGUAUCAAAAGCAGAUCUUUUAGGAGUUAUUUACAUACCUAUUUUUUGCAUCAGUUAUACAUAUAAGUUAUUUGCACAGAUAAGCGAGCAAGUUUUGAUAAGUACAUUUUAUUGUCAGAAGAUAACAAAGAAAAGACUUUUAUGGAUUCCUGAUUGGUUAGUCCCUUAGGUCCGCAACUAUAAAUGCAAAAUAGUGCCAGAUAUUUAACUUAUAUAUCAGGGUCAGUUUUUGUUCAUGCCAAAAUCACCACACCUUCCUCGUCGGCUCUGGAGUCCUAAUUUGUGCCUUCAUUUGUGUUAUAUAAAUAGCUGCAUGCAAACUAUUUUUCCCUUACUUGUAGUCAAAAACUAGUUUCAGAAACAAAAA